AUGCCCAAGAAUGCUGGCAUCUGCCGUGCGCUCUUUGCCGCCCUGUCUGACCACUACUUCAUGUGCAACUACUGCAACAAACUACGCCACCAGCUCCCUUCAAGUGGCUACGGCAACCUAAUUGGGCAUUUAAGAGGCAAGCGCCCCAACUACGAAGCUAACUACAUUGCUCACGCCAGCUCCUUGGCCGGCAACCUUCACACGUUUGGCUUCGUGAGCGACAAGGUCGCAAAUAUCUACCACUGGAUGGAGUGGGUGGUCGACCGAAACAUGCCUUUAUCUGAGGUGGACCAUCCAACCACUCACUCUUUGUCCCGUCUCAAGCCCAUCUGCUCGAAAACGCUCACGCGAUACAUGGUAGAAACUACCCGGGAGGUCAAGAAGGAGAUUACUAAAGCAAUCCCACCCAUCUUUGGUGUCAUGACGACAGGUGGACAUGCUUUUCGGAGCACUAUGUAG